AUGAGCGGUUGUGGGCUCUUCUUGUGCUCGGUGGCGGCGCGCUUUUGCCGCGCUCCAGCGGCCUUCACCGUGAGCCGGCGCCCGCUGCUCACCAGUCCGCCGAGCCGAGCUUUCGCCAAGGACCUCUUCCUGGGCAAGAUGAAGAAGAAAGAAGUUUUCCCGUUUCCAGAAGUUAGCCAAGAUGAACUUAAGGAAAUUAAUCAGUUUGUGGGACCUGUAGAAAAAUUCUUCACCGAAGAAGUGGACUCUCGAAAAAUUGACCAGGAGGGAAAAAUCCCAGAUGAAACUUUAGAGAAACUGAAGUCCCUGGGGCUUUUUGGAAUGCAAGUCCCAGAAGAAUAUGGUGGCCUGGGCCUCUCCAACACCAUGUACGCGCGGCUGGGAGAGGUCAUCAGCCUGGACACCUCGAUCGCCGUGACUCUGGCGGCUCACCAGGCCAUCGGCCUCAAGGGCAUCAUCUUGGCUGGCAGCAAGGAGCAGAAGGCCAGGUACCUGCCCAGGCUGGCGUCCGGGGAGCACGUGGCCGCCUUCUGCCUGACGGAGCCAUCCAGUGGGAGCGAUGCCGCCUCCAUCCGGACCAGGGCCACGCUCAGUGCAGAUAAGAGGCACUACAUCCUCAACGGUGCCAAGGUCUGGAUCACCAAUGGAGGAUUAGCCAACGUCUUCACUGUGUUUGCAAAAACGGAGGUCGUUGAUUCCGAUGGCUCAGUGAAGGACAAGAUGACAGCCUUCAUAGUAGAGAGAGACUUUGGUGGCGUCACCAACGGGAAACCCGAGGAUAAGAUGGGCAUUCGAGGCUCCAACACCUGCGAGGUCCACUUCGAGAACACCAGGGUGCCCGUGGAGAACGUCCUCGGAGAAGUCGGAGGCGGCUUUAAGGUGGCCAUGAACAUCCUCAACAGCGGGCGCUUCAGCAUGGGCAGCAUGGUGGCCGGGAUGCUCAAGAAGCUGAUCGAAAUGACUGCCGAGUACGCCUGCACGAGGAAACAGUUCAACAGGAACCUCAGUGAGUUCGGCCUGAUUCAGGAGAAGUUUGCCCUGAUGGCACAGAAGGCCUACGUGAUGGAAAGCAUGGCCUACCUCACGGCGGCGAUGCUGGACGCGCCUGGCUUCCCCGACUGCUCCAUCGAGGCCGCCAUGGUGAAGGUGUUCAGCUCCGAGGGCGCCUGGACGUGUGUGAGCGAGGCGCUGCAGAUCCUCGGCGGCUCGGGCUACAUCAGGGACUACCCGUACGAGCGCCUCCUGCGCGACAGCCGCAUCCUGCUCAUCUUCGAGGGAACCAACGAGAUCCUCCGCAUGUACAUCGCCCUGACAGGCCUGCAGCACGCCGGCCGCAUUCUGACUGCAAGGGUCAAUGAGCUCAAACGGGGCAACGUGACCACCAUCAUGGAGACCGUGGGCCAGAGGCUUCGGGACUCCCUGGGCCGCACCGUGGACCUGGGUCUGACAGGGAAGCUUGGAGUUGUACACCCCAGCCUCGCGGACGGCGCCCACAAGCUCGAGGAAAACGUGUACUACUUCGGCCGCUCCGUGGAGACCCUGCUGCUUCGCUUUGGCAAGGCCAUCGUGGAGGAGCAGCUGGUCUUGAAGCGAGUGGCCAACGUGCUCAUGAACCUGUACGGGAUGACAGCUGUGCUGUCUCGGGCCAGCCGCUCCAUCCGCCUGGGGCUGCGUGACCACGACCACGAGGUUCUGUUGGCCAACAUCUUCUGCUCAGAAGCUUACCACCAGAAUCUCUUCACCCUGUCUCAGCUGGACAAGCAUUCUCCAGAAAACCUGGAUGAACUGGUCAAGAAGGUGUCCCAGCAGAUCCUGGAGAAGCGGGCCUACAUCUGCACCCACCCUCUAGACCGGGCGCCCUGA